GAAAGUCGAGAAACUGAUAACAAACCACUAAAUGUGGCUUGUUGACGAAUGCUGGACCAGAUUUUGUCUACCUGCAAAUCAUUGCUAGCCUGACCUGAAACGCACAUUCCAAUCUUGACGGCUUUGCGACCGUCGUUUGCGGUUUGAGUUAAAUUCUCGAUUUCCCUCCGUGGGAGGAUCUUACUUCACAACGCUGACCAACAUGCCGGUUCGAAAGCAAGACGCCCACCGGGCGCUCGAGCUGUUAGAAGACUACCACACCCGACUGACAAGCGCUCAGGACAAACCCCUCAAAAUCGCCAUUGAGCGCGUCAUCAGGAUCUUCAAGAGCAGACUUUUCCAGGCUCUGCUAGAUAUCCAGGAGUUUUAUGAAAUCACACUGCUGGACGACAGUAAAACCACGCACCAGAAAACACUGGAGACUUUACAGAUAGCCAGCAAGUGGGAGCAUGAACCACCUGUCACCAACAACGUGCCCAAAUAUGAUAACUUGACAGAUGAGGAGCUACCGCCCCCUCCCCCAGAACUGACAGCUGACAAACAAGCUGUGUCCAUGCAGUCUGCGCGGAUGAUUGACAGUAACUCAGUGAGACUGAUGACCACGCCCCCUGUCAACAAUACAUACCAGCCUGAUGACGAUGAUUCCCAUCUCCCACCUCCUCCUCAAGCUGCUGAGACGGAGACAGAUUAUGUAGAUAACAUAUCCGAAUGGGAAUAUGAAGAAAUCGUCCUUGAACGGGGCAACAUUGGGCUUGGCUUCACGAUUGCUGGUGGGUAUGACAAUCCUCAUAUCGCUGAAGAUCCCAGUAUCUACAUCACCAAGGUGAUGCCAGGAGGUGCUGCAGCUGCUGACGGCAGACUCAGGGUGAACGACAUCAUCAUCAAGGUCAACGAGCAGGAUGUGUCCAAUGUCAGCCAUUCUGACGCUGUUUUAGCACUUAAAGCUGCGGGAUCACGGGUAGCCCUGUUUGUCAAACGCCCCAAACCUCCUGUUGAAAAAGUAUUGGAAAUUAACCUUGUCAAAGGAGAUAAAGGGUUAGGAUUCAGUAUUGCGGGUGGCGUGGGAAAUCAGCACAUUCCAGGCGAGGAUGGAAUCUUUGUCACAAAAAUCAUUGAAGGCGGAGCAGCAGAGCAAGACGGCCGAUUAGCUGUGGGAGACAGACUGAUAUAUGUAAAUGACUGCAAUCUUGAAAAUGUUACACAUGAAGAAGCAGUCGGAGCUCUGAAGCGAACUCAGGAUAACGUCAAAUUGGUCGUUCUGAAAACAGUAUAUUAUCCAGAAAAUGCACCGCAGGAGUUGUCCCCCCAUUUGUCACCAGCGCCCCCUGUGGUCAUGCCAGUCCAAGCAGACCCCAUUCAUCAUGAACACCCUGUCCCUAAGGUUGCCCUGACGACUUCCAGCACAUAUCAAGCCCCUCCCACUCCACCGAAGCAGCACAUUGACAUGGUGGACACAGCGGAACCUUCCAGGGAGCCACGGAAGGUGGUACUGAAGAAAGGCUCUACGGGUCUAGGCUUCAACAUUGUAGGCGGGGAAGAUGGAGAAGGCAUCUUUGUGUCUUUCAUCCUGGCCGGGGGACCGGCUGACCUCAGCGGAGAACUGCGCAGAGGAGACCAGCUCGUUUCUGUAAAUGGUGUGGAUCUGCGGGCUGCCACCCAUGAGGAGGCCGCUGCAGCGCUGAAAGGGGCGGGCGACACUGUUGAUAUUGUGGCUCAGUACAAACCUGAAGAGUAUAAUAGAUUUGAGACGAAGAUUCAGGAUUUGCGGGAACAAAUGAUGAAUACCAGUACAGGCAGCUUACGGACAACACAAAAACGCAGUCUCUUUGUCAGAGCUCUGUUUGAUUAUGACCACACAAAAGACAGUGGCUUACCCGGAAAAGGCUUAGCAUUCAAAUAUGGUGACAUUUUACAUGUGACAAAUGCCAGUGACGAUGAAUGGUGGCAGGCUAAGAGAAUAACCCCUGAGGGGGAAGAGGAAGGCAUGGGAAUCAUUCCCAGUAAGCACAGGGUGGAGAGAAAGGAACGUGCUCGGUUGAAGAAUGUGAAGUUUACUGGUCGCGGUGGAAACGACAGAGUUAGUGAGGCCACGGCUAAUGAAAAACGAAAGAAGAAUUUCUCCUUCUCUCGUCGGUUUCCAUUCAUGAAGAGUAAAGACCAGAGCGGAGGGGAGGAAUUAAGUGCAGAUGAACCUGAAGAGGCUUCUCCCAAAGCCAAUGGGAGUGUGAGUGAAAGCGACGCUAGUUUCCAAGAAGCAAUACUUUCUUACGAAGCAGUUGUACAGCAGGAAUUGAAAUAUACGCGACCAGUCAUCAUUUUAGGGCCUCUAAAAGAUCGUAUCAACGAUGAUCUGGUUUCAGAAUUCCCAGACAAAUUUGGAAUCUGUGUUCCACACACAACCCGGUCAAGACGGGACUACGAAGUGGACGGACGUGAUUAUCAUUUUGUGGACUCGCGAGAACAAAUGGAGCGUGACAUACAAAACCACUUGUUCAUUGAAGCAGGACAGUAUAAUGAUAACUUGUACGGCACCAGCGUCGCUUCUGUCAAAGAGGUCGCAGAAAAGGGCAAACAUUGUAUCCUCGAUGUCAGUGGGAAUGCCAUUAAGAGGUUACAAGUUGCUGGCCUUUACCCAAUUGCCAUUUUCAUCAAACCCAAAUCUGUGGAAUCAAUUAUGGAGAUGAACAAAAGGAUCACAGAAGAACAAGCCAAGAAGACGCAUGAACGGGCGCUGAAACUGGAACAGGAGUUUGGGGAAUAUUUCACAGCGGUCGUUCAAGGUGAUACAGCUGACGAGAUCUAUGCAAAGGUCAAGGAGGUCAUUCGUGACCAAUCAGGUCCUACCAUUUGGGUCCCCGCCAAGGAGAAACUCUAGAAAUGAAGACAAGUGAACUUCACUCCCCCACAUUCCUCGAAUGGGCUGAACUCAGACUGUGAAGCUGGGAGAGUACAUGACAUUAUUUGGGGAGGAAUGGCGUGAAUGAAAAAUAAAAAUGACAGAUCGAAUUGUAAACUGUAUCAUACAUGUGAGACCAUUGAGAACUUCAGAAGACGUUGUAAAUUGUUUUUUCAGCGAAUUCCAAAUGAUUGUACACAGAUUUUAUCAAAAGGGGAUAGACCCCUUCUACUGGAGCGUGUAUAGCCAACACACCCUGUCUGUUGAGAGAAACAGCCAUGAUGUAUUUAGCUCAAAUUUUUAUCAUGUUUCACUAUAGUGUCUAAUGUAUAAAGAUAGUCAUUCCUUGGGCUGCGAGAGCGGUUAUCGCCACUAGUAAGGAGAAAUAAUAAAACCCAGACUCUGGUUUGGUGGCUGUAUAUUAUCAAUGUUGAUAAGAAUGUUGGUUUAGUUUUCAGCUGGCUAUGAUGUGUAGAGAUAAAAGAUUGAUGGAUAGCUGCUAAGUUAUUUGUCAAGGUCAAUAAGAAAGUUGGUUUGGUUUGAGCUGGCUAUGAUGUGUAGAGAUAAAGGAUUGAUGGACAACUGUUUGGUUAUUUAUCAAGGUCGAUAAGAAAGUUGGUUUGGUUUGAGCUGGCUAUGAUGUGUAGAGAUAAAGGAUUGAUGGACAACUGUUUGGUUAUUUAUCAAGGUCGAUAAGAAAGUUGUUUGGCUUGAGCUGGCUAUGACGUUUAGAGAUAAAGGAUUGAUGGACAACUGUUUGGUUAUUUAUCAAGGUCGAUAAGAAAGUUGGUUUGGUUUCAGCUGGUUAUGAUGUGUUGGGUAAAUGCUUGGUACUUUUGGUUGAGAUAAGUGUACUCAUUGUGAUACAUAUUGGUUUUUGAGCACCAAGUGUAAUAAGUAAUAUGUGUAUGGUGAAUGCUAUAUAAGUGACAGCUUUGGAUACAAGAUGAUUUUUGCCUGUGGCGUAUUUUGUUUAUAGUUGUUUUUAUGAAGGAGACAGGAAAAACUGGUUGAAUUCUUACUAGCAUGGCAGUUGGAAAGAAAAAAGAAAAACAUGCACUUCUACACAAUGUGACAUGUAAAAGUAGCAAACUAGGAAUGUGUUUAAUAAGCACAGCAAACUGGGAAGCAGCCGUGAUUUGUUUCUUCGGACAACAACAUGUUGAGGCCAUGGUUGAUACUGUUUCCAGUAUCUGUUUGGGCCUGAGCUGUUUGGGCGAUUUAUCAUUUCUCCUUGGGCGACCAUUGCAGUGGAAUGUUGUGGAAAAUUGUUUUGAAAGUAUGGCCUGACAAGAAGUACUAACGCAAACAAGGGUCUGUAUAUUUGUUGAUCAUGAAAAAUACAUACAUAUACAUAAUUAUAUAUUGAAGUAAACUCAUACCUCCAUUCUGAUUGGUCAUAAUUCUGGCCAAUCCAAUCGUAUGCUCACUACAUGACCGUGUAUAUUGUGUAAUCCUGCGUAUUAAUAUACAGGGCAGAAACUUUCUAUACCCUGCAAGAAUUGGCCGCUGAACUGUAAAGCCUGAAGGAGCUCCAGUGUGAUGUGGUCAAGCAAGAGUUCAAAUCUAGACACUGUCACUUUUUCUGACAAAUAUUCUGCCAGUGUGUUUUCUCUUGUCCUUACUGGCUGAAACUUCACUAUUGAUGUUCUGCUCAAAUGUGAGAUUCCCCAAACACUGAAAAUGCUAUACUUUUUUGUUUUUUUCGGCCUUUUUAAAGCUUAUUAUUCACUAAUAUAGUCUGAAGACUCAUUGGAUGACGUUCACAUUGUGCUAUAGUCACACAGGUCCUAUUGGUCCAAUAUUUUAAUGUUUGCUGAACAUGCAUGUUGUGACGUUAGUAGAAAUUUCCACCAUGAAAUCAUCAACAGCUUGAUUCUGAACACGCUGAAUUCUUCAUCUUUUUAUCCCACACAGUGUUUUGUAAGCGAACUGUUGGACAGUAUUAGUGCAAUUGUUCAAGACGUUCAACAGUUGUUACGUGUAUAAUAAGAUAAGGUUUACCUGCAGAAAGAAAGUCCAUUGUGUGAUGUGUCAGAAAUGCAUCUCAAAAAUUACCAUAAACUCAAACAUUUUUGUUUUUUUUUUUCUUUUUUGCAAAAAUAAAACCAUUCCUUUCGUUUUUUGUACAUCGAUGGCCAAAAUUUCCACACCAAGGGAUUUUCAUGCAUUUUUUCAUGCGUCACAUUGUCAUUUCAUAUCAGUGUUUCUGCAUUGUAAGAAGAAUUGAUGUGAGCUAGUCUUCGUGCUAAUCAUACAUUUGCCUGAAAAACACGUAUACACAAAAUUGAUUCCAAGGAAACCAUUUCUUUGAUGUUGUGUUGGAAAUCUAUCACAUCUGUCAUUGCACCGCUUGUCACAAUUUUUUCCUUGAGCUUAUUUACUUUUCAGGACUUGUGCACUGUUUGUAGUCCUUUGUACACUGCCCCAAAAUCAGUACUUCAGUUAUUGGUCUUUUACUUUACAUAUGAACACACUUCCUAGUAACUGCUAUGGUUUGUUUUCUUUGGGGG